AUGUGACCAGCAGUGGGAAUUUAGGAGGAAGACUGCAGAGGAGCGGCGGCGGUAAUAAAGGCGCGAUGACUGAUCGAGUGAUCUCGACAUGGCCGUCGGUGUGUAACGGACUGCUGCAGUUUUCCGCUCGGCACGAGAGAAGGAUAAAGGUUUAAAAAAAAAAAAAGAAACACUUGACCAACGCCGUGAUUUGACGCUAAAAAAGAAAUUGGUGCGCGCGCACUCCGGCGGCUCAGUUAAGGUGAAGCGGAAGCGACCUGCGCUCUGGACUGAUCUGGAUGGAGCUCCGUGUCUGAAUCACCGGAAAGGCCCGAGUGUGACCGGAGAGAGGGGAGAAAGUUUUACAGGAGAUUACAGCCGUUGCUGUGCUGAUAUUCAUUCAGCCCCAGCAUGGUGUUCUCCUCACUGCUGUCCUGAGUGUGAGUGCCGGACUGUCGGCGUCUCGGAGGGUCCAGACACACAGGAGAGAGCACCAUGACGGGAUUCACGACGAGCGGCGAUCUGCUCCAGCGUCUCGGAAUCGAGAAUUCCACUAUGCAGGCGAACACCACUGACUCUCCGGUCCCUCCGGAUCAGGGAAACAAGAUCGUCGAGAUCGUCGUGCCAAUCGUGGUGAUCCUGGCGCUCAUACUGAUAGGAGUCCUGGCCUUCCUGUUGUGCACGGUGAGGAAGAAGAGGCAGACGGAGGGAACGUACCGGCCGAGCGCCGAGGAGCAGACGGGGACACGCGGCCCCGAGGCACCCAACGCCCUCAAACUGCCUAAAGAGGAGAGACUAAUUUAAAGACGCUCGGACUCACCGAACAUUUCACAGAACGAUUCUUUGGAAUGAAUCACGGAAGCACGCGGGUGUGUAACGUAACGCCUGUCGAAGAGCGUCCCAGCGGAUGGCUGUUUCUUGUUACGCUUAAAAAAAACCCACACACACCACACACACACACACCCGUCAUUCUCUCCGGUGACAGAGGAAAGAGCCGCAACCCACACCUUCACGGUUAAUUAACCCACGAACCGAACCUGAAAUCCAGGAUCUGAACUGAACUGAAUUAGAGCUUGGGGCUGCGAUUACUCUGGAAGUAGCUGGAUGUUUGUUCAUCUGCCUUCAAGGACGAGACUUUUGUUUGCGAAGUCUUGCUUUUGCUUGCUGCUGUUUGCUGUAAUUCAAUUUUUUUAAAGAUAUAGAUAUAUAUUUUUAAAAAAGAUUUUAUCAACGUUUUAUUCAGAACGUUUUCUAAUGUUAUUUUUAGGUUAGGGUUCAAACACUAGGAUUUUUUACCACAAGUGAUUAUUUACCUCAAAAUGAGUCGCGAACCUGAUUUUCCGGAAUGGUCCAGCAAUCACAUGGCACUUGGGUUUCAGUCAACGAUGAAUGUACUUGAAAUGUAAACGUUGUUAUAUUCCAAAAAAUUCAAUUCAAGUGUAAAUGAUCUGCUGGAAUUUUAUGCAGAUGAUAUGUCCGGUCUUUUGAUCUUCAUUUUAUCUGAUUCGCGUAAAUGAUUUUUAAACGCUGUGAACACGAAGAAUGCACGGCUAAUUAAAAAUAAAUAAAUAAAUAAAACAAGGUAGGCUUGAUUCUGAUGGUUAAAAACAUGCAAAUCUGAUCAAGAGAAAAAAACUGAUAGGAGUGGAUCCUGCUGGUUAAAGACAGCAUACGGCAUUUAACACACAGAAGUUGUAUGAAUUUCUACAAUGGCAAAUAUUAAAUUAUAAUUUAAUAAUGAA